ACAUUCGAUCAAAAUGUCAGAAAUUUAUUUACUUAACCAUUGUCUUUCAACAGUGGCACUGAAUAAAUAGCUAGCCUACGUGAAGAUCUUAGAAUACCAAUGGCAAGAUGAAAAGUAAUAUGAGGAAAUUCUGCACCRUUGACCCGUGAAACUUCUAAUCAAUAUUGGUUUAGUGAAGACGCCCUAAUCGUUCCGACCACUUUAAGAUUUCAAAGCCGACUCGGCUACCACUUUGUAGUCUCCAUAGCCUGGCAUAAAUUUAGAAUACUUGCUUUCUUUAUGUAGAUUGGAAUUUGUCAUUUGCUGCUAAGUUCAUGGCAAAAACAAGAGAAUCUGCAGGACCAAGCGUCAAAAGCCUAGGAGAAGAAGUGCAAAGGCAAUAUCUAYCGAUUGCGAAAAUGGCUGCCAAUGUGGAGCAAAGCACGAAGGAAAUAGAAGCUUUAAAGCAGGAGAUGUCGGACCUUAUAUACCACCUAUGCAUAGGACAUUCCUUCAUCACCAUAGGCUUUCAUUUCACGGUGAGGUAGCGAGCGCCAUCUUAAAGGAUGAGCAAACACAUCAAAUAUUAUUGUAGAUGCAUGGGAUUUUGAUUGACUUUGAAAUUUACAUUUGCUCCGUUUCGAUAGAUUUUGUUAUUGAAAGCUUUUCUUAAUGUAAAAUAUAGUAUCUGGUCGAGAAUGAUGUUACUGACAUUAUAUAGGAUGAUGUUCAUCUAAUCCAUAACCAACAACAUGAAAUGCAGUUUCAUGUUAACGAAGGGUAAGCUGGUCCUCACAACACUGCAGUAAGGGCAUUUAUCAUACAAGAAAUCGUAAGAGAAGAAACUGGCUUUAAACCAAUUAUUUUGAGAGCAAAGUCUUUAGUGAGUUACUCAGACGGCUGUGGUGGUCAGAACAAAAACAUCAUAAUAAUGGCACUUUUUUGCGAAUUAGUGAGGAAAGCUGUGUACAGUGAUGAAUCACAAGUUUCUCACGGGUGGACACACCUUCCUCCCUAAUGAUACAGACUUUGCACAAAUAGAGAAGAGAAAGCGAAGUGCCAUGGUCCAUCUUCCAGAAAUAUGACCAAAGGUAGUGGAAGAAGCCGACAGGCUCAAACCCUUUAAGGUCCAUUGGUUGGAUUUUGGUUGGGGUGAAGAAGUAGACCAGGCGGGCAACCACACGAUGGUUCAUCAUCCAGAAGAGGUGUGGAUGAGAUAUGGAUAUUCGAGAGAAGAGCCCUGGAAGAAUGUCAAGGGUUGGAAUGGCGACCAACUUGAAAAUCUGAGACGAUUAUAUGAUGGACCGAUAAGAGUGAAGGAUGCCAAAGUGAAAGAUCUGAAGAAGUUGGCAGAGAAACAUCUUCCACCCGAAAAAAGGGGAUUCUACAUGAAUCUAAACAACGGGGCAGUGGAAGAGGAUGGUUUAGACAAUUUCAUGAUAGCAAAAUUUACGGAGUUUGCUGGUUUGCAGCAUCUAGUUGACAAUCAGGUGUCUCUUCUGGAAGAAGAAAGAAAAGCUCCUCUAACAAAAAAAGAACUAAAGCAGAUGAUGAAUUCCAGAACAAAAUUGCUGAUCCCCAAAUGAGUCAGAUAGGCAAUCAAACAAAAGAUACAAAACUUGCUGAUCCCAAAUCAGGGAAAUUAUAACUCAGACAGAGGAAACUAAUGAUUUUUCAAUGCGAUUUUUGAGCACUGAAAAAUCAUUAAAAGAGUUACGGGAUAUUCUUUUAAAACAGUCAUACCCGCUUCUGAACCUGAAUAUGUCACAGCUAGCCCUUGCAUCCCUUAAGCUAGUAUGACUCCAAUUGCCAGAGUUACUCCUAUAUCAAGGUCUGACCUGGGCACAGAUACUGGUAUGGUACCUGGGUGUUCGGGAGACUGGACUGAGUCACGUGAUAGGCUCAUUAACAUUAAAUGAAUAGUGUGCGUUCAUCCAUACAUUUUGGUAGCAGAGCGAGGUUUUUAAGAUGAAAAAUCGCUAAAAUGUCAGAGGAAAAAUUAAAGACAAGUAAGAUGAAAACAAUAGCUGGAUUUACAAGAAAGAAAAACAAACUAUUUAUGGCGCUGGAAGGUGGUUUGACCUCAAGAAUGGAAAUCAGAGAAAUGUAUGAUGGGUUAAACAUAGCUAUGGAAGACAUAACAGCUACUAUCAAGAAUUUAGAGGAAUACUACGAAGGAAUUUGCGACACCGAGGAAGGUAACACACUCUCAGCCAAAWUGGAAAUGAUCGAACAAGACUUCGAAGAGGUAGAGCAGAUUGUGAGAGCUUGUCUCAAAAACAACAUUUAACUUGCCCAAUCAAAUGCUUCACAUUCCAUAGAAAAAAGAGAGACUGCGAAAAGCCCGCUCAUUCUAUGGUUAAUCAAGAAAUCGAGAAUUUGAGGCAAGAAGUAAGUAAACAAGAGGAAGAAAUAAGUAAAAUAGUUUAAGAGUUGGAAGCUAGUUGCAAGAAUUCGCAAGAACUAGAGCCAUUACAGAAUGCCGAAAAAGUGGCGCCGAUAGAUCAAAAUCCACGAAGAAUGAAAAGAAUGCAGACAAAUCGCCGAGAAAAGAGCCGGAAAAACAAGAUAUCAAAGAACCGGCAAAAGAAAAACGCACUAAGAAACCAAAAAGAAAAAUUACCAAGGAAAUGGAAGUAAAAGUCAUCAAAGAACCGACUUGGAAUAUACCGCUACCAUCGAACAAGUCACCCAAAGCCCAAGAUACAUUAAGCAUGGGAGGUCACAUAGCUUCAUCAACCCCAGCGUUUCAUCGUCCAAUGUCACAGUUCGCCUUUAGUUCUCUAAAUCCACAGAUGCGGGAUUCAUCGUUAAACUUGG